AUGUCAAUUAAUACUCAAAGUAACAUGUUAUACACUGAAACUGCUUAUUCUAAAUCACUGACUAAUAGCAAAUCAUCAUCCAAUAAUACUCUUCAGACAUUAAAAGAAGUCAUGAUUCAAAAACAUAAUCAAGGAGACAUUGAUUAUUAUCUCUUCAAACUUGAAUUUUUUACAGAAAUCCCAGAUGAUAAUAUUGAAGAAAUAGUUACUACUGAAAAGCAGAAUAUUAAGAUAUCUCAAACUAAUAAUUCAACCCUUCACCUUAAAAAAUUCCAGUCUCAAAUAUAA